AUGGAAACGAAGACCCUCUACUCCAUAGUCACAAAGGCUGGAGAGAGAACAGCAAUAAUAUUCGCAGGCAAAAUCAUCGCCAGUGGUGAUCGCUUCAGCAUAUGGAAUGAAAUUCUAGCCUGCAAUACCGCCCAACUUGGCACUUUUAACGGAUCAGGUGUUGAUUCGAAUCUUCUCAUUGUCCUCCUAGAAGACAACGAGCAUUGCAUAUCUACCAAACGGGGACCAGUGCAGAUUCUCGUGCAGUCGAAACCGGGAUUCGAUUCAAACUGUGCAGAGUCCAUGCCCUUUGAAGGGAGGCUUAAGGUGUGGGCGGGGCGAGGCCAGCUUGACUUGCUAGUGCGGGUGUCACAGGGCGGAGAACGACAACGGGGAGAGCUAAAAUGCUUACCGACCUUGUUUUUUUUUAAGUCCGCGCCAUGGCAGGGCGACAUGUAG